UAUUUUACAGAAUUCAAAGCCUUUGAAUCCGCGGCGCAGUCUUUACAGAGCAGGUUUCUCUUGGGUUUUGUAACUGGUGAUACAGCAAGAACCCUAUCUUCUGAAUAUGGCCUCAGUCUUCCCUCGCUUUUGGUGUUCAAGCGAAAUGAUCCUUAUCAGCCAAUUAACGUCUUUGAUGCCAAGUUCACCAUCCAGUCCGUUGUUGAUUUUGUUCUUCGAUCAAACCUGCCGUCAUUUGGCGAGUUGACACCCUUUAACCUUCCAAUGUACUUAGCACACAAGAAGCCUCUUCUAAUCGUGUUCCGAGCUGAUAGCGAAGAGUCUGUCAUUACUCCGGUCAUGACGAAACUAGCGCGGAACAAAACUUUUCCUUCUGUGUUCCUUUGUUGGAUGCCCGUUUUUUCUAACAACGACGUGAACGCCGAGAUACUAAAAUCUUACACUGGAAACAGGAAUUCUCUUCCCGCAUUGGUUCUUGUAAACCACGACAAGGGCGCCGUUUAUCACUUCAAAGAGGAAGUAACUAAGCCUGCAGUGACAACCUGGGUUGAAGGCAUUCUCUCUGGAAAAGAGCAACCCACGGGACUUUUCGCAGAAGGAGAAUGGAAACCCCGUUUGGAGGGUUACGAUUUUCUGCGAAUGAUAGACGAAGAAGAAGAACAAAAAGAAAGAAAGAGGCUGAAAAUGCAGAAAAUAGAAGCUGCUCUUAAAAGAGGUAACAACGAGGAACCGUCGUGGCCCCCACAGGAAACUGAAAAGCUGGCCGAAGAGAAGAAAACUAACCGCCCAAGACGACCGGAAGUGAAGUUUAACACGCGUGAUGAACUCUAAAAAAGCAAUGCUACUAAAACAGAAAAAAGAUGUUUUAAAUUAUUUGAAGCUCGAGUUGUAGAGAACUUUAUCUUACAUUCAAGGAAGCAUGUAUCGCUCUACGGAAAUCUUUGCAUAAGUUCCACAGUUUUCGAUUGUGAGGCUUAACUUCGAGUGCGAGUGUCAGCGGUCACACGCAAAACUUCGCUGCCUCGUGCAGUUUUCAUAUCCAUGCAUUUUUCCAAAUUCUUUGAAGCGCAACGCUCAAGACAGUUGUACGAAAGUGUUGCAAAACUACACGCCAACAAACUAAACUUUCAGAGUUGACGUAUUUAUUUAAUUCUCUUGUUGUAUCAAGCGCACAGAGCUUAGGUUUAAGAAAAUGUCUUAAUUUUUGGCUUAGAAGUGGAAAAAUUAAUAAAAUUUGAGUUAAACAUUUACAUUAAGCAGAAGAUACGCAUGCGCCGCGCGUGUGUAACCGCUGUGAGGACUCCAUAUCGCUUACGAACCGCUCACGAAAACUGAGGGCUCAGAAUUUCGGCUUGAGGCGGGGGUACACAUGAAUUUAAGUGAAAUUUUAGGAAGUUUAAAGAGGGAUUAAAAGGA